UGCUGUGCAUCUCUGACUGCUGUGAGGCUGCAGCGGCAGACAGGAGACACGGCGGCGGCUUGUUGCUGCAACUGCAGCCGCUGCAGCGGAGGACUCUGGCGGUUACUCCUCUCCAACCCGGUCCCUCAGAGGCAGAAUGGCCCGGAAACAGGACUCGAUGAUCGGAUUGAUGCUCCUCUGAUCGUCUGCCUGUCCGACUGCAUCCGCCCGUCUAGCCGCGAAUUGCUGCAGUGCUGUUUUUUUCCCCCCUCAGGUGUUUUUUGUGUGUGUUUGUGCGCGCACGCACGACGGUGGUGUAAUUCUCUUACGGAUUGUGCUGAGCCCUGGACCCGAGUCUGAUGUCACAUGUGCUUCAUCGGAGGAGACGGGGCAUCUGCGAGCCGGAUUCUGUGGAGGAUGCUGCGGCAAGUGAUUCACAGAGGGCUCAAGGCUUCCUUCUACUGGCUGGGUUUAUUCGUCAGCAGGCACCCCGUCUUCUUCCUCACCGUCCCCGCCGUGCUCACCAUCAUCUUCGGCUCCACGGUGCUGAGCCGCUUCAAGCCGGAGCGGGACCUGGAGGUGCUGGUGGCGCCGACCCACAGCCUCGCCAAGAUCGAGCGCAGCCUCGCCAACAGCCUGUUCCCCAUCGAUCAGUCCAAGCACAAGCUGUACUCGGAUCUGCACACGCCGGGCAGGUACGGCAGGCUCAUCCUGCUGGCCAGGUCCGGGGGAAACAUCCUGGAGCUGGCCGACCAGGUCCUGCGGGUCCACAAGCAGGUGCUGGACCUGCGAGUCAACUACAAAGGGUUCAACUACACGUUCGCGCACCUGUGCGUGCUGAGCCACCGAGACAAGCGCUGCCUGCUGGAUGAUAUCAUCACCAUCUUCGAGGACAUCCGGCAGGCUGUGCUGUCCAACAGCACCUUCCACAAGGUGCCCCUCAGCUACCCCAACACCACCUUAAAGAAUGGACGAGUGUCCUUCAUUGGGCACCAGCUGGGUGGCGUGUCCUUUUCGCCCAACAGCCGCGACCAGCAGGUCAAGUUUGCCCGUGCGGUCCAGAUCACCUACUACCUCCGUACCCACGGACCUGUGGUGCAGGACGCCAUUGCAGAUCGCUGGGAGAAUGAGUUCUGCGCUCUGGUGAAGCGGUUAUCCACAGCCGAGGUGCCACAUGGUACUGACCAGCUCCACAUCCUGUCUCUUACCUCCUUCAGCCUGUGGCGGGACUUCCACCAGACUGGGAUACUGGCCAAAGGGGAAGUACUGGUCAGCUUGGUUCUGGUGCUGCUGGCUGCCACCAUUUCCAGCUCCAUGCGGGAUUGCCUGAGAGGGAAGCCUUUCCUCGGCCUCCUGGGGGUGCUGACUAUUUGCAUUGCAAAUGUGACAGCUGCAGGGAUCUUCUUUAUAUCGGAUGGAAAGUUCAACUCCACACUUCUGGGGAUCCCGUUCUUUGCCAUGGGUGAGUGGAAGCACUGGAUUUGGUUGUGUGUUAAUGGUUGGGUUAAGGCUUAUCAGAGGUUGGCACUCAGUGCACGCUGCUUGAAGAGGAGAUUAGUUGAAUCGUAAUAGGGAUGUCAGCAGCUUAUUGUCCACAAUGUUCCACAACUUUCACAAAUAUGGGUUUUUAUGUGUGUGGAUUCUUAAGUGUGAACACACAUUUGCUUUGCUGUUGGCUGUUUUUUUCUUUUAACUUAAAGGCCCAUUUUUUGUGCAAGAUUUUCUAGAUUAAAAUGUGCUGUCUAUAAUAUUAUCAUUACCCUGGAUACGUGUAAUUUUAGAUCACAACCAGUUAAAAUAUGCAAUUCACAUUGUGCAUUGUAAAAUAAACAUAUGGACUUGAAACACUCUAAAACACUUUAUUUUAAGCUGGAAGAGAAAGAUUUCCUUCAUUUGAGGCAUGACUUGCAAGAUUCUUUUCCCAAAUGUAUCCUUUAAAGACAGACAUAAGUACAGAUAAGGACAAGUUACAUCAAUAAAAACACACACACAUAAUCUUUGUCAAAUAAAAAUUAUGCAAAAUAUCUACAACCUGAUGUUUAUGCCUUCAAGACAUCAAGAAUUUCUUUAAAUUUUCAGAGACCAUAUUCCUAUUUUCUAGGGUACUUCUCCAGAAUAUUCCAGGCAUUAAGUGCAGCAUACUUAAAUGCUUUUUUUCCAGACUCACUCAGUACAGGCUCUUGGUCAACAAAACAACAUCCUGGGCUCAAAGACUAUUUAACCUCCUGAGCUUUUUGAGUAAUGUUGGUGAAGGUAUGAA